UUCCUUCUUGGCUUUGACCAUAUUCAGAGUUUCACUUUGUUCCUUUUCAUUUUAUUUGUGAUGGUCUAUGUCCUGACAAUGUUCGGGAAUGUCCUCAUUGUUGUAUUGGUAUCUAUCAGCCAACGUCUCCAAUCCCCCAUGUAUCUGUUUCUCAGAAAUCUCUCUUUUUGUGAAGUUCUUUUUACUACAAACAUCGUCCCAAAAAUGCUCCAAGUCAUAUGGCACGAUGGCAGCAGCAUAUCGUUUUUCGGCUGCGCAAGUCAGCUCUAUUUGUUUGGUGCCACUGGAAUCGCCGAAUGUCUCCUGCUUACGUCCAUGUCUUAUGAUCGGUAUUUGGCCAUUUGUAAGCCUUUGCAUUAUUUUUCCAUCAUGAAUGUCAAGCGAUACUUGUACCUUGUCAUCUUUUCGUGGCUGUGCGCAAUAAUCUUACCGGCCAUCUCUAUUGGACUCAUCUGCAUGCUGGAUUUUUGUGGACCCAGCGUGGUUGACCAUUUCUUUUGUGAUCUCGCUCCUGUUCUUGAACUUUCUUGUUCAGAUACUUCCACUGUGGAAUUUGAAGUGUUUGCUCAAACAGUUCCUGUUUUUGUUUUCACAUUUAUUUACAUUGUAGCAACCUAUGUGUUCAUCUUCCUUGCUAUCUUGAAGAUAACAUCUACAGUUGGGCGUCAGAAAGCCUUCUCUACGUGUAGUUCCCACCUGACAGUGGUGUGUAUAUAUUAUGGGACCAUGAUAUGUCUGUAUGUCACCCCAAGUGGAAGGCAAUCUGUAAAAGUCAAUAAGACUCUAUCUUUGCUCUAUAGUGUGGUGACACCGUUAUUAAACCCAAUCAUUUAUAGCCUCAGAAAUCAAGAAAUUAGAAAUGUUAUUCAAAAAAUUAUUUUAAAAAAAACUUAG